AUGCCAAAGCUACAAGGUUCAGGCUCAGGUGGUGGCAAGGUAGAACGAACAAGAACGUUUACAGGCUGUCGCACCUGUCGAAGCAGACAUGCGAAAUGCGAUGAGGCUCAGCCUGAAUGUGGCACGUGUCAACGUCUGGGGUUGACAUGUGGAGGAUAUGGGGCGAGGCUGUUUUGGAUCACGGAUGAUGCUGUCAGGCCCGAGUUGCAGCAGAGCCAUCGGGGCUCCGAGUAUCGGUACCCACUCUUCUCCGAGAGUCAACGCAAGGAGAUGAGUGAUGAGCUCUCUCAGAGUUUGAAGAGAAAAACCGCAGCGUCUCUUCUAGCUGAUAUCGACUCUGCUGGUGAGAAGAUGACUGUUGAUGAUCAUGGUUCAGUUUUGGUCAAGGGUCCAUUCGGUGUGUUUCAAUCAAUGGGAGAGACAAUAUCUCCAUCGGAUACGAUCGAGUGUUCGCCGGAUACAAACACCGAUGAUACUUUCACCAGCAUGUAUCCCGAAACAGACGGCUUCAUUGAGGAAAUUCAGCGCUCCGAGUGGCCAGACCAACUUCCUACGGAUGACAUGGAUAUCUUUACCGCAUCACUGGGCCCACACUUUGGGCUCAUCGAAGAGCCGAGUAUGACGGAUCAAGUACAUGACUCAUCCAUGACAAGCUUCUUCAUGGAUGAUCAUAUAGGUGCUGAAGGGCUAGCACUUUUCAGUCCAGGAUUUAUAUCACAGGUCAUCGGUCCUCCUGAACAUGAGCCAGAGGAGACCCACGACCCAGAACUUGUCACUGAUAUAAUCCCGUACCCAGGAGACACACCGUCCAGUCGCACAGGUUUACCAGAGGAAGCAGAAUAUCUACUCCGACACUACAGACAAAACAUGACUGGACGUUCAACAAUGCAGGCAAAGCGCAAAUCUCCCUGGGAGAUAAUCUUUCUUCCCUGUGCGCUCGAGACCUUCGCAGAGUUAUCUCUCUGGAAUGAGGCAUCUCAUACUCGCUCAUCAAUAUUCUAUACUCUUCUCGCACAUAGUGCACUUCAGCUUCACAUCUCAGGAUCAGAUUCUAAAUGGAAAGAAGUUGGAUUGAAGAAUCAUGAAAGAGCGCAGAAUCACCUGAGACAAGCGCUUCAGCAUGAAAUGUUUGGGCCUAAGCAAGCUAGCUAUAAAGAGCUAUUGAUGGCAAUUCUCGCCAUGGCCAUGACUUCGCUCCAUAAUGGUACCCGUGCUUUUAGAAUAUUCCUUCUCGACGCUGAACGCCUCAUCCGCCUAAGAGGCCUUGUCAACCAAAAUCCCUUCAAAACUCGUCUUCUGCACCACAUGUACACCCACCUACGUGUCAUCGCAGAAAGCAUGUCUCUCUGCACAGAAGCUCUCCCUGAGAGUGCCGCCAGCGAAAAUCAAGUUGGAGACCUCAGUCGAACAUUCCGCAUUACAGAAGAGGGCUUGAACAUGGGUCUUGAUCCCGCACAAGAAAAGACAGACGACAUAGGAUACAACGAUAUCCACCUAGAGAUUCAAGGUCAAUGGAAUCACACUCUGUACCCAGUGAUAUACGGUAUUCCCGAGAGUCUGAUGACACUUUUGAGUCAGACUGUUUCUCUGUCAAAUGAGAAAGCACGUCUGGAGAAUGUCGCACGAUGCAAUUCAAGCAUAUCAGAAGCAUUGGCAAAGCAUACGAAAACACUGGAAAGCAGAAUAUGGGCCUGGCCCUCGACAUUGGACUCUGCAGGACCCGUUGAAAUAUCUUCCAGAACCACAGCAGACCACGAUCUCGUCACCCAACCGCAGAUCCGCUCCAUGACACUCGCCAUUCACCAAGCACUGGUAAUUUACUUCUACCGACGUGUCUACGACAUGAAUGCCAUGAUUCUCCAAGACCAGGUCCGUAAAACUCUGGAUUAUCUAGAGCCUUGCUUGAGCGAGUUGAUCGACGAGCAAGAUUUUGCGACGAGUUUGGCGUGGCCUGCUUUUGUAGCGGGGUGCGAAGCUGUGACGCCCGAGUUACAGGAGAGAGCGUUGACGUGUUUGGGUGUGACGGAUGAAAAGGGGGUUUACUUUACGCCUAAACCUGCAAAGGUGGUUGUGCCGUUGAUUUGGGAGGGGAGAAAGAAAUCUGGGGAUUGGAGUGCGAGUUGGCAGAGUCUUGUGCUUGAUGGGUUGGAGUAG